AUGCCGAACUACUCUACCAAGUGCAACAAACACCCUUUCUCAGAAGAGCAGUUUGAGAUCAGGUUACGGCAAAGAAGUGAACGGAAGAUGCUUUGGACAUCCAUAUCCUGUAGUAAUGGGUACGAGUUUGAGCAAAUCAUACGGACUAUUUAUGUUGUGGCAUAUGAGAUUUAUGGAGAUUCAAGGUCACAUGAUCUGCUGCCACAUGACAAGAAGCACGGCGGUCUCGUGGAAAGGUCACAGGAAGUGGUCAAUUUACUGAGUGACUGCCGAAGAAAGACUGAUGAGCUUAUCAUGGAGAUUCCACAAGUUUCACAGGAUCAGCGAUUUAUGUGGUGCAUUGUUUUCGAACGUUUUACUUAUCCCUUAAACAGCAACCCGUGGUCAUUUAAUAUGGGGGGUAAUGGUGUUCAUGAAAAAGAGCUAAGUUUACUUGGAAAACAUGCGAAUUGA